AAUCGAUCACUCCACGGAGUCCAGGCUCACUUAUACGUACAUGUCCUCCGCAUACUACAACCUACUGUAUAUCUCUCCGACUACCUUCGGCACUCAUCAUUUCCAUUACUGCCUGCCAAUACGUGUGUCAAUUGAACUUUGCUGGUAUAGACUUCACAUCUAAACGAUGGCCUCCUCCUCCUCGGAGCAAAAUCAGCAGCAAGCAGCAGCAACGCCGUCCUCAUCUGCCUCGGACUCGGUCCAAUCGAACUCUUGGGAACGGGUUGAGCGAAAAUUCUCCAACAAGUCUGCAAGUGAAUACUUUGAUCCGUGCCAGGAUUUCGCAGACCGGAGUCUGAAAUGUAUGAAACGCAAUGCUUUUGAUAGAGAGAUGUGUCAUGACUACUUCCAGGCUUAUCGCGACUGUAAAAAGCAAUGGUUGACACAAAAGAAAAGAGGUGCUUAGGCUAGUACAGAAACAAACACAUGGCAGCCCACCUCUCUAGGUUGCCUUGGUUUCCUGUUCCUUGAUGCCCCACGAUGCCAGGACCUACUUAAAAGCCAGCAUCGACCUUG